CGGCGCUUUGAUUUGUGUGGAACAAAACGACAAUUCCGACGCAGAACCGAUAAAUAUCGAUUGACGACCGAACGCACACAGUUAGAAUUGGCAUCGAUCGUGCGCUUUGAAGAGCCCACAGCUUUUAUCCAUCAGAAUGGCCAAUGGACUGUUUAGCAAAACCUUUUUGCAACCUUUUGCGAUUGGAGUGCUGCUGCUGUGCCUGACUCGGCCUCAAGAGUCGGCGACUGUGGCCACCACCAGCCCCGAUGAACUGGCUGAUCUCGGCGAGCAGAGCACAAUAACUGACCUGCCGGAGACAACGACAGAGGUGGGCGUGACAGUCGACAUAGUGCCAGCCACCGAGACUGAGAAUCGAAACGCGGGCUUUGAUCUGUCAGCCGAUAUAGAUGCGGAGUCCAAGGACGCAGUGCAUCUAAGCGAGCAGGAGCUCUACUUGAACAAUGCGCUCUGUGAAACGGAUAAAGUCGGUUUCGAAAUUGUGACUGGUUAUGUAUUUUCCGCUCCUGGCAGGCUUUUGGAUUCCCUGCCUGGCACUUUGAUGCUAACAGAUUGUCUCGCAACUUGCCUCAAGAACAAAACCUGUCAGUCCGUCAACUAUGAGACUGGCCUCUGCGUGUUAUUUUCAGCGCAUGCCGAUCAGCUGCCAGGCGCCUUGACGAAAUCGCAAUUUCCUGUUUUCACAAUCUAUGCGCAGAAGUCUUGCCUCUCCGCGAAGCCCUGCUCACGGGCCUGGUUCGUCGACCGUGUACAAAAUUAUAGGUUGAAGUCGGAAGUAAAACGCAGCGUCCCAGUCGGUUCCCGGCGCGAGUGCUUCGAGCUCUGCCUGAGCGAAACGGAAUUUACCUGCAGAUCUGCGAACUAUAAGAAAUCAUCAGGCGCCUGCGAGCUGAGUGAAAUGGACCGUUCCACAUUGGCUGGCACGAAUGCCUUCCAGGUCACGGAGGGCACGGACUAUCUGGAAAACCAUUGCAUCGAGGAGCCAAACAAGCUGUGCGAAUUCAAGCGAUUGCCCGGACGCAUCCUAAAGACGGUUGACUCCGUGUAUCAGGAAGUGAGCAGUGUGGAUGAGUGCCGCGAACUGUGUCUCAAUUCGCCAUACAGAUGCCACUCGUAUGACUACAACGAUACGGGCGACAUGGUCUGUCGUCUGUCGCAUCACAGCCGGGCAACACUGACAGACGUGCAGGAUCCCUACCUGGAGGUGCCGGAGGCAUCCACCUAUGAGCUCGCCUCCUGCUACAAUGUGACCAUCGAGUGUGGCGGCGGCGACAUGUUGGCCCGCAUACGCACCUCCAAGCUGUUCAGCGGCAAGGUCUAUGCCAAGGGUUCGCCCAGGUCGUGCGCGGUCGAUGUGCGCAGCGCCUUGGACUUUGAGCUGCGCAUGAACUACCAUGACCUGGAGUGCAAUGUGCGCCAGAGCCAGAGUGGGCGCUACGUGAAUGACAUUAUAAUACAGCAUCAUGACAUGAUUGUCACCUCCUCCGAUCUGGGCCUGGCGCUGGCCUGCCAAUACGAUCUGAGCAACAAGUCUGUGAGCAACGGGGUCAACUUGGAUGUGCGCGGCGAUCUAACGCCCGCGCUCUCGGAGGAGGUGAUUGUGGACUCGCCGAAUGUAAUCAUGCGCAUCACCUCACGCGACGGUUCCGACAUGAUGCGCUCUGCCGAGGUGGGCGAUCCGUUGGCCCUGAAAUUCCAAAUUAUGGAUGAGCAGAGUCCAUACGAGAUUUUUGUACGCGAACUGGUCGCUCUCGAUGGUGUGGACAAUUCGGAGAUCACGCUGAUCGACUCGAAUGGCUGCCCCACAGAUCACUUCAUAAUGGGCCCCAUCUACAAAAGCGAUGGCUCCGGCAAGGUGCUGCUCUCCAACUUCGACGCCUUCAAGUUCCCCUCCAGCGAAGUUGUCCAAUUCCGUGCCCUGGUCACGCCCUGCAUGCCCAGCUGUGAGCCUGUGCAAUGCGAUCAGGAGGACACCAGCGGCGAGUAUCGAUCCCUGCUCUCCUACGGACGCAAGCGUCGAUCAUUGAAUACAACAGCCUCCUUCGAUAUGCGACGGAAACGUGAGCUUAAUGCGCCCACAGACAUGCUGCUUGUGCAGUCCAUACAAAUCACUGACAAAUUCGGCUUCGAUGAGCAGCAGAGUCGUAAAUCCAGUAUCGGUGGCUACUCGGAAAAUAAUGAAACGGAAUUUACAACUGCCAAUCCGGGCCGCGGCUUUUGUGUGAAUGCAUUUGGACUCAUCACGGCCGCCACAUUUUUCCUACUUACUCAACUGGCUAUCAUUGGCAUUUGGACCUUUUGCUAUCAGCGUCGGCAGAAACUCCAGUCGUACCAGCACUCGUAUUAGGUCUUUCAGUUUCGCUCUCAAAUCGAACAAGUUAAUUUCGGGAGGUGCGAACCGCAGAUAACGGGAUAAAUAUAUCUACUUGGGCUGCCUUGGAAAUUUGUCUUGUCUAGUCAGUGCU